CUGCUCUAUACAAUACAUGUUCUAGUAUGUAAUGGUGGCUGUAUAUAUUAUCUACAUUGUGACUAAUUGACUAAAGAGAUUCGGAUCAAGAGAAAAGUAAACCUAAACAAAAAGGUAUAAUCGAGUUUUUAAAAUUUUUGAUAAAAUAUACAAAUUUAAAAAUGACUUCUGGACCUUACAAUUACUCAUAUAUUUUUAAAUACAUAAUCAUUGGUGAUAUGGGGGUGGGUAAAUCUUGCCUGUUACAUCAAUUCACAGAAAAAAAGUUUAUGGCUGAUUGCCCUCACACUAUUGGUGUAGAGUUUGGCACUAGGAUAAUUGAAGUUGCUGGUCAAAAAAUAAAACUGCAGAUUUGGGAUACAGCUGGACAAGAAAGAUUCAGAGCUGUUACUCGUUCCUACUAUAGAGGAGCAGCUGGUGCUUUAAUGGUUUAUGAUAUAACAAGAAGGUCCACAUAUAAUCACCUAAGUAGCUGGCUCACAGAUACUCGCAAUCUGACGAAUCCUAGCACAGUGAUAUUUCUAAUUGGUAAUAAGUCUGACUUAGAUGGCCAAAGAGAUGUCACAUACGAGGAAGCUAAACAAUUCGCAGAUGAGAAUGGAUUAAUGUUUGUUGAAGCUAGUGCUAAAACGGGUCAAAACGUUGAGGAGGCGUUCCUGGAAACGGCGAAGAAAAUAUACCAGAGUAUCCAGGAUGGGCGACUCGACCUGAACGCAGCGGAGUCGGGCGUGCAGCACAAGCCGGCGUCGCCCGGCCGCCCGCUCGCCGCGCCGCCCGCCGCGCGCGACCACUGCGCCUGCUAGCCGCGCGGCUCGACCGCCCGCUAGCCGGCACAUACAGAUUGUAGAUUAUAAUUACACGCCCCGCCGGUCCGAGCCGGGACUUCGGGACUCUUUUGGGAAUUUUAUUCGGGUAUCGUUAAAAAGUAUUGUAUCUUUUCACCAUUUCUUAAGUUAGCGCGACGUUUACCGCGUUCUCGUGCGAACCUGUACCGUCGUCACGCGACAAAAUGAUUUGGGCUCGCUGACAAUUUUGUUAUUUAUGUACUUCAUUGCGUACCCUUAUCGCGAUAUUAUCGAGGCUGGCGAUCAUUAAAAUACUAUCGGUUAUACUAUUAUAGCAACUAGUUAACUCUUUAACAUUAAAUAUCUUCAAUUUCGAUAUUAUUUGACAGCGUGUCUUAUUUAUCCACAUCACUCUUAGUAUAAAACGGCUCAUCAGUAAUGGUUUGCCGUCCCUGCUCUAUGAAAUUAUUGUUGACGAACGCAGUAGAGAUAGAUCUCUGUGUCGCUGUGGCGCGUGCAAUAGGCGUAGUUAGAAGUAGCGACAUCUGUUGGACUGUGUAAAAAACUUUAGUGAUUGACAGUUUGUCGUUUGAAUUAAAUGGAAAUCUGUUAAAUGUCUUAUUGUCUAUUCAUAUCAUUCCCAUAAUUAUAUUAAUAUUCUUUGACAAUCAAAUUUGUCAAGAAGUUUGUUUUGUCAAGUUUGGUUUCAAAUCCUUUUACAAAACAUUUCGUAACUUGUAACUACGAUGCACCUAGAAUGUCGCUCAUGUAUAUUGCGUGUACGCUUAGGAGGCACAUGGAAAUCUACAACUUUGCUAUUACUUAUUACGAGGUAUAUAUUCUAUACAUAAUAUUUGUUUUAAUAAUUGUAGUUAUUCACCUUGUUUUAGCUACAGAAUUAUCUUAAAAAUGUAGGCUUUUCUAUUAUUAAUAUAAAAAAUAAUAAUAAUAGAAAAAUUUAUAAGCGACAACAGCAUGGCAGCUCUCGUCAUAACAUUGUAGAAUGAUUUGAAACAGACGUACCUAUAUAUAUAUUCUUGCUAAAUUUUCUAGCUGCGCCUGUUUUCGCGCAGAUUGUAUAUAUUAUAAUUAUAUGUUUGCUACUUUCAUUCUUAUUUGUACUAUAAUAAUUAAGAAAUGUUUUGUUCUUUAUUGUAAAAAUAUUAUUUGAGAAAA